CAGCGAACAGCCAUGUCUGUAUUAUGGCUCAGAUGCGGGAGAGGAGACCUUCGGCUUGACUCGGUUUGACUUCGGGGGGAUUUAUCUCACGGUUCUACCUCUGGAGAGCAGAGCCGGGAUCAGCUGGUGCAUCCUCGGAGGAGCUCGGGCCGCGCUGCCUCUUCAUCAGCGGAGAUUCAGGAUGAGGAAGAUGAGGGGGAUGAUGUUUGUUGUCAGACGCUGAGACGGACCUGGAGCUGCUGCUGCUGCUGGCUUUCUGUCGAGCCCUUUAGAAAUAAAGAGGGUGUUUCUUCCAGGAGGAGAACAGGCUCCGAGGAUCAUAGAUGCGAUUCAUUUCCCCCUGAGGUUGGACGAUCACAACACAAAGGCGUUCAGAUGAUGUCAGGCAAGCAUUUCAAGGCUCAGGAGGUGAGCUGCUGCAUCAAGUACUUCAUCUUCGGAUUCAACAUCAUAUUCUGGUUCCUUGGAGUGGCAUUUCUGGGCAUUGGCUUGUGGGCAUGGAGCGAGAAGGGAGUUCUCUCCAACAUCUCAUCCAUCACGGAUCUGGGGGGUUUCGACCCCGUGUGGCUCUUCAUCGUGGUGGGUGGCGUGAUGUUCAUCCUGGGAUUCGCCGGUUGCAUUGGGGCGCUGCGGGAAAACUCCUUCCUCCUCAAGUUUUUCUCCGUGUUCCUGGGUAUCAUCUUCUUCCUGGAGCUGACUGCAGGAGUCCUGGCCUUUGUCUUCAAAGACUGGAUCAAGGACCAGCUCAACUUUUUCAUUAACAACAACAUACGCGCGUACAGGGACGACAUCGACCUGCAGAACCUGAUAGACUUCACCCAGGAAUAUUGGGAGUGUUGUGGAGCUUUUGGAGCCGAUGAUUGGAAUUUGAACAUAUACUUCAACUGCACUGAUACGAACCCGAGUCGAGAGAAAUGUGGAGUGCCCUUUUCCUGUUGCACCAAAGAUCCAGCGGAGGACGUCAUCAACACUCAGUGUGGAUACGACAUCCGAGCAAAAGCGGACUCUGAGCAGCGAACUUUCAUUUAUAUAAAAGGCUGCGUCCCUCAGUUUGAGAAGUGGCUUCAAGACAACCUGACGGUGGUGGCAGGCAUCUUUAUUGGGAUUGCAUUACUGCAGAUUUUCGGCAUCUGUUUGGCGCAGAAUCUCGUGAGUGACAUUGACGCCGUGAGAGAGAGUUGUUUGUUCACCUAAGACCUCCGCAGAGGCACCAAAGGCAAGACGGAUGUACCAGGACUCAGCAGUUUGGACAACAGCACUGAACGGUCAAUCAAUCAGUUGAUGUGUCCGGCAAAGACGAGUCUCUUUCACGUGUACAUAGUAGAGUUAUUUUUAGAGUUAUCCGUGGCCUGUAUUUGAAUGAAGAACCACCUCUGAAAUGUGCUGUAGCUCUUUAUGCAGUAUAAAUGCAGUAUUGGCAGGUGUGACGACACAGUGUGGGAGACCAGCCUGUGAUGAUGAGGGAACUUGGAGACGGGACAUGAAGGUAUAUUCGUCAUUUUCUCUGAGGUAGCACUUCAUUUAUAAAAGGCUCGUGGUUUUAUACGUCUCACAGCUGCAGGUUUUAAACACUGCAUGUUAGGGUUGUGUACAGAGCUGAAGUGAUUCUGGAAAUGCACUGCAUGCCUUUUGUCUACUUGUAGGACAUUGGCUCUCCUAACUUUAUUUCAUUAAUGUAAAGUCACAAUAUAUUUGUCACUAGAAUCGGCUGGUUAGCACUUUGUUGAAUGUUUAAUUAGGGAAAUCUACUUAAAAGCUACGGAGAGUUUACUUUAAAAUGUAUUUGCAUAUUUGGGUUGAUGACAUACAGAUAUAUACAGAUUUGUGAGGCUGAGGUAGAAAUACGAAGGGAAAUCAUGGAUGUCGUAGGUUUGUAAAAUUGCAGUUUGUAUGAGUUUGGCAGUGACGUCAAAUCUUUAAAUAUAGUGAUAGAAACCAGAAGAUGCGGCAUGUAAAUAAUAAUAACAAGAAAAAAAAACUCAGCCUUAUGCACUUUAAUCUUCAUAUGAAGUGAUGAUGCUCAUUGCAGCCACUCAGCUUAUGUCACACGACUGACUGUUAUUUUAGUCACACAGCUGCCACUGGAGGGGGCACUUUCCUUAAAAAAAUACAACUUUGAAACUGCAUCUGUAACUUUAUGGUGCUUCACAUUUGUCAGGUUCCUCUUGUCCAAAAGCAGCCUGACAGAAAAAAAAUGUUUCAGCACAUUUUAAGUGUUGUGCCGUUCCUUGCACAUUUACCUUUAUCCCUUUUAUCGGUGUUUAUUCUUUCAUUUUUAAAUUGCUGUUGAUUUGUUUCUUUGAUGAAAUCUGCCUAAAUGAUGAUGUACUUUUUGUCGUCACCCCCACCCCCCUUUUUUGAUCUGUAAAUGUUCACUGGAAAAUAAGGAAAACAAGCAAAUUCCAAGGCUCACAAAGAAAAGACGUGCUGGGAGCUCCUGAUGAUCGUAGAAAUACUUUAUAAAUACAUCUUAUCGUACUUGAAAUCAGAGCACACAGACGCUCGCACCAGCAUCAUUUUUAUCUGCAAUAUUGGAACCUAAGAUACAGUUUAUAUGCUUUGAUUUUUACAGAUUGUAAUCUACAGUAUAACAGAACUAGACGUGUUCCCAUACCAGCAUCUGAAAAGCCUCUGAGGCCGAAAAUGCUGGGUCAGGCAUCGGCGAAUACGCAGAUCUAUGUACCGAUGCCACGUCUUUAAAAUAUAUUAGUUUCCCCAAGUUAAAAGUGCUAAUUUCUAUUCCCCCGAAAUAUAAAUAGCUUGAAUCUGAAGUCUUGCAGUUUAACAGUGUGACAAUUCGGCGAGUAUUUUAGUUUGCUCUGGCCAACGCUACACUACUGGAUUUCAUUUAGUGUUUGCUGCCCAGUCGCACAACUUUUAACAGCACCAUGUCUCAUAUGCAAGAGUUCAGUUUUGAGCUAUUUAAAGAAAAUGAUAUCUGUUAUGCCCUGAUUUAUAUAUGUGUGUUCUUUUACAGUUAACAACUUCUCUAAACAGGACAGCCGGGGCAUGGAAGUAAAAGCAGCCUUUUCUAGUAUUAACUGAAGGUUACACAGCUUUCCCUGAACCUACACAAAGGAUGUUAAACAGUAUAUUUCUGCAGUAUGAAAUCUUCUGAUCAAUGUACAAAACAGCCUCAUGUCAAACAUCUUUAUUUCCCCACUAAAGAGCUUGAUAUGAUUGUUGGUGUUUACUGAUCUCACUCUUUCUUACCACUCAGUGCCAUACUUGUACCUUCUACAUACUCCUGAUGAUUUUGUUUCAUGUGUACUCCCAACACUUGUAAAUGGACUGUGACAAGUUGUAAAUAUAUAUCUUAAAUAAAUGUGUUUCUUUCUA